UCCGUUUCCCCCAGACCCGACGAAAUUUUCCGCCUCGCCCCGCUGGUCCGUCCUCGGUCCCUCUCCUCCCCCGUGGCCGCCCGCCCGCCCGCAGAAGAAAAAGGCGGAUCUAGGGUUUGCUCGGCCUUCGUUCUUCUUGGGCCGAGCCCCAAUCCUGCACCGCCCGCCUCGAGUUGGAUCUCCCCGCCCGCCGGCCCCCCUCCGCCUCCGCUUUUGGGUUCCAUCAGAUAAUCUUUCAUAGGAUGGGCGAACCAAAUGGCAAUGAAAAUGCUAUGGUGCAUGAAAGUGAAAUGGUUGUUGGUGAUGAGAUGAUCCAUGGCAAUGAAAUGGUUCACAGUGGCGAGAUGAUCCAUGAGCAUGAUAUGGUUCAAGGGAAUGAGAUGGUUCAUGGUGACGAGAUGGUGGAAGGGAGUGGGAUGGUCCAUGAUGAUGAGAUGAUCCAUGGUAAUGAGAUGAUUCAAGUUAGUGACAUGAUCCAUGGUCAUGAAAUGGUUCAAGUGAAUGACAUGGUCAAUGGUGAUGAGAUGGCCCAUGGUCACGAAUUGGUCAGCGCUGAGGUGACCCCACCAACCAUAUCAAGACGCCGGAGAAAGAAGUCAUUAGUAUGGGAGCACUUUACUAUUGAACCUGUUCCUGGGGAGAGGGGAUGCCAACGUGCAUGCUGCAACCUAUGCAAGGCAACCUUUGCAUACAGUUCUGGCACAAAGAUAGCAGGUACUAGCCAUCUCAAGAGGCACAUCACGCUUGGCUCUUGCCCUAUGAUAAAAAGCCAAGAGAGGAAGCUGGCAAUGAGUUCAAUUGGAGGAGUGACUGACAACGAUGGUGAGGGUACCGUAGAACGUCCUUCUAAGAGGCGUUACAGAUAUACUGGCUUUGCAAAUGCUACAUUUGAUCAAGACCGUAGCAGCUCACAUCUGGCGAAGCUUAUCAUUUUGCAUGACUACCCACUUCAUGUUGUUCAACAGCCAGCCUUCACUGCUUUUACUGAGAGCCUGCAGCCUCGUUUCAGGGUUGCGGAUGUUGAAACAAUGGAGGCAGAGGUGUAUGGCGUUUACCAGAAAGAGAAAAACAACCUAAUGCAAGCAUUGAACACUAUGCCUGGAAGGAUUAGCCUCACCAUAGGAUUGUGGACAACUAGUCAGACUCUUGGCUAUGUUUCUAUUGCUGGGCAGUUCAUUGACACGGAUUGGAAAGUGCAUCGAAGAAUGCUUAACUUCAUGAUGGUGUCUUCUCCUCAUUCGGAGAAUGCACUUGGUGAAGCUAUUAGCUCAAGCCUUACCGACUGGAACAUGAAGGACAAGCUAUUCACCGUCACAUUGGAUAAUGAUUGCUCAUCACAUGAUAUCUACAGUGCAAACCUGAGAGAUCAUCUCUCCAAUAAGAACAACCUGAUGCUUAAGGGCCAGCUGUUUGUUGUGAGGUGCUAUGCCAAUAUCCUCAAUGCAGUUGCACAUGAUGUCAUUGCUUCAAUCCAUGGUGUGAUCUACAGUAUCCGUGAAAGUAUAAAGUUCAUAAAAGCUUCUUCUGCCCGUGAGCAGAAGUUUGCUGAGAUUGCUCUGCAGCUGGAGAUUCCCAGCACUAAGACCCUGUGCCUUGAUGUUACAACACAGUGGAAUACCACUUACCUUAUGCUGCUUGCUGCCUUGGAUUAUAGGCAGGCAUUCACCACAUUGGAGACAUGUGAUGACAACUACAAUGAGUCACCUUCUGCAGAAGACUGGAAAAAGUUGGAAGCUGCCUGCAACUAUUUGAAAUUACUGUAUGAUUCUGCACAUAGCAUCAUGGCUGCGGCAAAUCCAACUUCCAACUUAUUUUUCCAUGAGGCGUGGAAACUUCAGCUGGAACUGUCAAAUGCCAUAACCCAUGAAGAUCCAGUUUUCAGUAGCAUCGCCAAAGAAAUGCAUGAGAGGUUUGACAAGUACUGGAAGGAUUGCAACCUUGUUCUAGCCAUUGGUGUUGUCAUGGACCCUCGUUUCAAGAUGAAACUUGUAGAAUUCAGUUAUUCUAAAAUCUAUGGUGUGGAGGCAGCAAAGUAUGUUAAGGUGGUGGAUGAUGCUCUUCAUGACCUUUACAAGGAUUAUGUUGCACAGCCCCUGCCCCUGACGCCAGCCUAUGCCGCACCAGGGGAAGUUAAUAAAAAUGGGCCUGCCAAUGCGAAUAACAACGCAGUAACUCCACCUUCUACUGGGGAUGGACUCCUUGACUUUGACAUGUAUCUUUCAGAGAUAGCAAUAAGCCAGCCCUCCAAGUCUGAGCUGGAGCAGUACCUGGAAGAAGCCCUGACGCCUCGCAUCCAAGACUUUGAAAUCGUGGACUGGUGGAAGCUCAACACCCUGAAGUUUCCAACACUGGCGAAGAUGGCCCGUGAUAUCCUGGCCAUCCCCAUGUCCAUGGUGAGCAGCGGCUGCUCCAUAUUUGCAGCGGCAACAACAGGAAGCCGGAUGCUUGAUGACUAUAGAAGCUCGCUGCGCCCUGAAAUCGUGGAGGCACUUUUCUGCUCCAAAGACUGGCUUCAGUAUUCUCCGCCGCCUCCUCCAGAAGCUCAGGGUUCUGUAGCGGUGAAGAUGGAGUGACUGGUCCCUUAGCCCUUAGUUGGUAGCCUUCAGAAGAAGGCUACUUGGUUGGUGUUGAGCUUAGUUUGUGCCUAGUGCUCUCGAUCAUAGAAUGUUACUGAUAAUGUUCGAGCUAUCCAUUAGAUGUAAUGAGUACUCUUGAUUAUUCUUGUCGAAUUCAGAUUCUGGGCCCGUGACAUACUUGCAGGGUGAGGCUGUCGCCAGUGAUAUACUGUUUGCAUGUUGUUCCGUGU